AUGAAAUUCCCCAUCACCCUCCUCUCCCUCAGCACCGUCCUCCCUCUCAUCCCCGCCGCCACCACCGCCAAAUUCUCCCUCCUCUCCAAAUCCACCUACACCCCCUACAACAACGUGCAUUUCGGAUCCGUCGGAUCCGUAUCCGGGACUCUCCUCGCCGGUCUCCAACCCCUCCAGACUCUUCCCGUCGGAGGAACAAUCACCAACGGCGUACUAUCAUUCAUCGGGAUGGAUCCAUCAGAUGAUGCUAUCCCCGCGUAUUUCAUCCACGGCGCGGCAGGAAGCUGGGUACAGCUAGAUGUGUGGGCGAGUCCGCAGAAGGGCUAUAGUUUGGACAAGAGUGGGAAUUUGUUGGUUAAUGGCGCGGGAGCUUUCUAUGCUUGCUUGACGAACACAGAUUCUAGCACUGGCGUUAUUGGUGUUUUUUAUACGACGGCUGGAGCGAAAAUUCCAAGUGGUUGUUAUGCGAUUCAGUUGCAAGCUGUGUAUUGUGAGGAGGAUCUUAAUAAUUGUGCUUGA